AUGUCCGGCGCUGUGGGCCGAGAGGCAGUAUUCCCGACUCGUCAAUCAUUGGGGUUGAUGAAGAACAAGCUAAAGGGGGCGGAGAUUGGCCAUAGUUUACUGAAGAGAAAAAGUGAAGCUCUAACAAAACGUUUCCGAGGUAUGAUGCGACACAUUCCCGUUCCCCACCUUAUCGAGGCGCUAAUCAUACUUGCGACAGACAUCACACGCCGCAUCGAUGAAGCCAAACAAAAGAUGGGUCGGGUCAUGCAGAUUGCCGCCUUCUCACUGGCGGAAGUGACCUAUGCGGUAGGCGGAGAUAUCGGCUACCAGAUCCAGGAGUCCGCCAAGCAAGCUCGUUUCCGCGUGCGAGCCAAGCAAGAGAAUGUCUCUGGUGUUCUUCUACCUACAUUUGAAAGCUACACACAGGAGGGCGUCAAUGACUUCGGUCUAACAGGUCUAGGAAAGGGAGGACAGCAGAUUCAACGCUGUCGGGAGACAUAUGCACGGGCCGUGGAGACAUUGGUGGAACUGGCGAGCUUACAGACUGCCUUCCUGAUUCUGGAUGAGGUGAUCAAGGUUGUCAACCGAAGAGUAAAUGCGAUUGAGCACGUUAUCAUUCCUCGAACCGAGAACACUAUCAAAUGUUUGUACCGUCUACUUCCAGUGUCCCUUGUACAGGCUAACCAUUCUGAAGACAUCAAUUCCGAACUCGAUGAGCUCGACCGAGAGGAAUUCUACCGCCUGAAAAAGGUUUCAGGCAAGAAGCAGAGGGACGUUGCUGCCGCAGAUGCUGAGAUCCUCGCGGCCCGGCAAAUGGCUGCAGAACAGCAAGCAGCAAACCCGAAGGCACCUGGUGCUACUGCUAUCCCCGUUAAAGAGGUAGAGACGGUAGAUGUUCUGGGCGAGCAGGAAGACAACGAUGUCAUUUUCUAG